UGCCCUACAUUUUUGUGGUGGCUGUGAUGGCACCCGCCCCUCUGCCCCCACCCUCCUUGCUCAAGCCCCACCCAUCACAACUGAAACCAAUUCCUCCCCACCCCACUCAACCGCCCCAUACCGCUCAAUCCACUGCAACCUGCCUCGCACAAGCUGCCACUGCGAGCACCCUUUCUACCCUCUCGUCCACUAACCCCUCUGGAGAGAUCUCAAACGGUUUGCCAGCCGAGGGGCAGGGAAGCGGUGGGAGAGAGCAAGGAGAGCAGCACGGGCAGCAGCAGGGGCAGCAGCAGGGGCAGCAGGAGGAGGAGUUGCUGGAGGGACCAGUCCGCGUGUCGCUCUUGUGCCCAAUCAGCUGGUCCCGAAUGAAAGUGCCGGUGAGGGAUCGAGCGUGCUCCCACCCGCAGUGCUGCGACUACAGCAGUGUGAUGGCAAUCAACGAGCGCAAGCCCAUGUGGAAAUGCCCUACAUGCGGUGCUGACAUCAGCGCCACGUCACUCUGUAUCGACACUCGUAUGGUGCAGGUGCUAUCAGAGACAACAGGUAGCACCGAUCAAGCCGAUGCUGGUGGUGAUGUGAAGCCAUGGGUGGGUAUGGGACAAGGUCAGGCACCUCAUGUGGGAGAGGCAGCAGGCAGGGAAGCUUACCGCGUUCUACCUGCACUCCCACCCCAGAUGCACCCUCGUGCGCCUGGGCCUGCUCCUGCUGUCAUUCAUGGCCCUCCCCUUGCUGCUCAGCCACCUGCUGGCAUUGUAGCAGUGGCUGAAGGGACUGUAGCAGCAACCCACAGUGUGCUUCCCGCCCCCCCACACCAGAUGCAACCUCAACCAUUGUCGCACCAGCUGUCAGCACGCCAGUUGUCGAUCAGAGGCACCGCUGAGCUGGCAUCUCUGGGCAGGUCGCUUGCUGCUGUGGCAGCCUCAGCAUUGGGGGACCGCCAUGGCCGCAACGUGCUGCACUACGCCGCCGCGCAAGGCCGCGCAGAGCUCCUUCGCGUGCUGAUUCAACGCGGCGGAAACGUCAAUUCUCGGGAUUGCCUCCAGAAGACCCCUUUGCACUUCGCUGCUGCAGCCGUCGAUCCGGGUGUAGCGGAGAUUUUGCUGAAUAAAGGCGCAGAUCCUUCCGCCUUGGACGCGAGUGGAUUAACUCCGUUGGACUACGCCGUUAGAUACGGCAGCGUGGCUUGCGAGAAGCUGCUCCGGAGCACUACGAAGAGUAAUAAGGAUUCCGACGGAGCGGAGGCAAAGAGAACCGCAUCUACGGAGCGUAGCGCGCGAUACCCCAUGGCCUCUCUGGACACGAAUGUCCCUCUCUCCUCGGCAACUCGUCCAAUAAAGUCUUCAGAACCACCACGCAAUCCGACAGACACGGUGCCUUCGUCUUCGUCUUCGUCUUCUUGUCGCUCCGCCUCCUCAAUUCCGUCCGCCUCCGCGAUUCCCUCCACCCCCUCCACGAAUAAAGCCGCGCCGGCAGCAUCGGCGUUGGAGUCGCUGCUUGACGCCUGGAAGUCGUCGUGCGAAAGGUCUCGCCUUGGCGAGUCCCAGGCGACUGUUGCGACUUCUGCAAAUAAAGCGACAGGCGAUCUCUCGUCGCCGUCGAGAAUGAACGUCAGCACGCCAGAGGCUAUCGCUGCACCCGUGCGUGAGCUGUGCACGGCGGGUGAUCCGCGCUCGCCCGCCAUGGAGUGGACGCCGUGCGGCAUUGUCGGCGCGUGCAACGGGUCGUGCAGUCAGCUGACCGGACCGUGCGGCUUGGCCGGACAGCUAAUGACGGACCUUUUCAUUCCGCCAUGGUCGCACGUGUGCCACGUGCUUCAGUCUCUCCAGCAGCGUCGCGCGCACAGCGUCGUCACCGUCGACGACGACAGCGGUGCGACGCUAACCGGGUCGCAAUUGGUCGCAGACGUCGCAUACCUGGCCGGAGGGUUGGAGACACUCUGCGGCGUCGCGCCGCGGGAGCGCGUGUGCAUCGCGGCGCUUAAUAGCUCGGCGUACGCUCCUGCCCCUCAGUCCCUCCCUCAGUUCCUCCCUCAGUCCCUCCCUCAGUUCCUCCCUCAGUCCCUCCCUCAGUUCCUCCCUCAGUCCCUCCCUCAGUCCCUCCCUCAGUUCCUCCCUCAGUUCCUCCCUCAGUCCCUCCCUCAGUCCCUCCCUCAGUUCCUCCCUCAGUUCCUCCCUCAGUUCCUCCCUCAGUUCCUCCCUCAGUUCCUCCCUCAGUUCCUCCCUCAGUUCCUCCCUCAGUUCCUCCCUCAGUUCCUCCCUCAGUUCCUCCCUCAGUUCCUCCCUCAGUUCCUCCCUCAGUUCCUCCCUCAGUCCCUCCCUCAGUUCCUCCCUCAGUCCCUCCCUCAGUUCCUCCCUCAGUCCCUCCCUCAGUCCCUCCCUCAGUUCCUCCCUCAGUUCCUCCCUCAGUCCCUCCCUCAGUCCCUCCCUCAGUUCCUCCCUCAGUUCCUCCCUCAGUUCCUCCCUCAGUUCCUCCCUCAGUUCCUCCCUCAGUUCCUCCCUCAGUUCCUCCCUCAGUUCCUCCCUCAGUUCCUCCCUCAGUUCCUCCCUCAGUUCCUCCCUCAGUUCCUCCCUCAGUUCCUCCCUCAGUCCCUCCCUCAGUUCCUCCCUCAGUUCCUCCCUCAGUUCCUCCCUCAGUCCCUCCCUCAGUUCCUCCCUCAGUUCCUCCCUCAGUUCCUCCCUCAGUUCCUCCCUCAGUUCCUCCCUCAGUUCCUCCCUCAGUUCCUCCCUCAGUUCCUCCCUCAGUUCCUCCCUCAGUUCCUCCCUCAGUCCCUCCCUCAGUUCCUCCCUCAGUUCCUCCCUCAGUUCCUCCCUCAGUUCCUCCCUCAGUUCCUCCCUCAGUUCCUCCCUCAGUUCCUCCCUCAGUUCCUCCCUCAGUUCCUCCCUCAGUCCCUCCCUCAGUCCCUCCCUCAGUUCCUCCCUCAGUCCCUCCCUCAGUUCCUCCCUCAGUUCCUCCCUCAGUUCCUCCCUCAGUUCCUCCCUCAGUUCCUCCCUCAGUUCCUCCCUCAGUCCCUCCCUCAGUCCCUCCCUCAGUUCCUCCCUCAGUCCCUCCCUCAGUCCCUCCCUCAGUUCCUCCCAUCUCGCUCAUGGAGCCAUGACGAGCUGACCAUGGCAGCGUGGCGUAUUUCAUCAACGCUCAGGCCAUGA